AUGUCAAUCAAAGAAAAUUUAGAAGAAAUUAUCAAAGGUAUUCAAGAAUCAAGAAUUUUAGAAGUUUUUGAUAAAUACUACCACGAUGAUGUUGUUAUGUACGAAAAAGGUGACUCUACCAAUCGUGUUGGUAAAGCUGCCAAUCGUAAAGCUGAAGAAGGUUUUGUAACCAACGCUGUUAUCUCUGAAGCCAAAGUCCUCAAAGUUCUCGUCGAUGGUAAUAACACUGCCUAUGAAAUGUUUAUGAAAUUUACCUAUGGUGGUCAUCCAGUUGAAAAAUCUCAAUGGGCAUUACAAGAAUGGAAAGAUGGCAAAAUCAUCAAAGAAGAAUUCUUUUAA